AUGGCUGCCUCCACCCUGUCCAUCUGCUCUAGCAACCUGAGCUAUGGCAGCCGUGUCUGCCUGCCUGGUUCCAGUGACUCUUGCACCGACUCCUGCCAGGUGGAUGACUGUCCAGAGAGCUGCUGUGAGCCCUCCUGCUGCAUCCCUAGCUGCUGCCAGUCCACCUGCUGUGCCCCCAGCUGCUGCCAGUCCACCUGCUGUGUCCCCAGCUGCUGUGCUCCAGCCCCCUGCCAGACCCUUGUCUGUGCCCCAGUGGCCUGUGGGCCCAGCCCCUGCCAAUCAGCCUGCACCAUCUCCUGCACACCCUUGUGCUGCCAGCAGUCUAGCUGCCAGCCCUCCUGUUGCACCUCCUCCCCCUGCCAGCAGGCCUGCUGUGUGCCUGUCUGCUGCAAGCCUGUCUGCUGCACACCUGUCUGCUGCAAGCCUGUCUGCUGCACUCCUGUCUGCUGCAAGACUGUCUGUUGCACACCUGUCUGCUGCACACCCGUCUGCUGCAAGCCCGUCUGCUGCACACCUGUCUGCUGCAAGCCUGUCUGCUGCACCCCCUGACCCUCAUCCUGCUGCAAACCCCCCUCCUGUGUGUCUGUCAUCUGCUACCUUAUGUGCAGACCCUCCUGCUGCAGCCCAGCCUCCUGCGUGCCCCUCAUCUGCCACCCUGUGUGCUCCCACCCUGCCUGA